AAAUGCUGUUCAGACGCCGGGCACUCAUCUCAGGUUACUUUGGAGUUUUUUCAUGCAUAUCUUCGCUCCUGUGUCCACUAUAGCAAAACCAAGACCACGCCGCAACAGAGCCCCUUUGCCGAGGAAACCGCCAUGGAUCAGUACUACAGAGGUCGUCUCCGGGCCUUCUCCAGAGCCACUCUUCUUGGCCUAGUCCUCUUCUCCGUGGUGACCUGGGUACCACACGCAUUUUCUUGCCUAAGGACCUUCCUCUUCGUGUCAAUCCCUUCUGCCGCCUCGGUGAUCGCCACGCCGAAAUGCCUCUUCGUCUUCUCCAACAUCAUUGUCGUCUUCCUCACCACCGAGUCGAAGCUCUCGCGGCUCUGCGCUCGAUCUCUGACUUCGAGCAGUACUGUGACUUCGAGCAGUACAGAGGAGGAUGGGAUAGAUGCGGUGGUACGCGAGCUUACGGUUUUCGCACAGCCGAUGAUCAAAGAGAAGCAUCCUACAGAAGAGAUCGUCAGAGAUCAAUUUGGAAAGGAGGAGGAUGCAUCAUCAAUCUCACUGCAAGUGGAAGAUGAACGGGUAGAAGAGGUGAUGAAGGAAGAAGAAGGUGAAGAGGAGGAGGAGGACGAGACGGGGCUGCCUACCGAGGAGCUCAACAGGAGGGUGGAAGACUUCAUCGCCAGAUUCAACAUGGAGAGGCAGCUCGAGGAGGCAAGGAUGAUCGUGUGCUGCUGCUGAUCUGAGGAGAGUAGAUUAUGUAUAUAUAUUACUAUAUGCAUAUGUUUGUGUCUGGUAGAAUUUGGGCCUUGCCAAAGUUGGUUAAUGUGCCUUAUAGCCCUGUCACUGUAAGCAAGUUUGGAAUAAAAUGCUUUUGGUGUACUAUGUUAAUUAUCGAA